ACCCUGUUUUACGUAUUUGGAACAAUAUAAAACAGUAGAAUCCUAUUCCUUUGGCACCGUUUACAAAGGGAGAUAACUUUAUAUUAAAAAUGGCGGAUUCUACUCAAGUGGAGUUGCUGUUUUUUGAUACAUUUUCUCAUGAAAAUAUCGAGGAACUAAAUCUAGAUCUUGUGAAGUUUUCCCGUCCAGCUGUUCUCCAUGAAGUUCAUGUCGUUCCACUUGGCACCAAAGUUCAGGCUGAAGUACCCGGAGGUACUCGUCUUGGAGCAACAAACCCAUCAUCUUUCAAACUCGAGUUUUUCGUCAAUAAUCUGCGCAAACCAAAUGCUGCUACAUUUGAAAAGUUGGGAAUGUUGGAAUACAAAGAUAAUAAAGACGUCAUGUUCCUUGCUGAAGAGUUGGUGCCAACCAAUGGUCUCAUUCUUAAAGGAUGGUAUACAACUAUCACCAUCGCUGCUUUUGGAAAUGUGGCAACAAUUGAAACCAUAUCCCCACCACCUCCACCGCCUCCUCCACAGCAAUCUGUGCAUCGUAUAAAAGGACCUGCAUUGGAGAACCAUUCACAGUCAGACAAACAGUCAGAAUGGGAACCUAGGCAACAACAUCCUUUGGAUUACAUCCAACAACAGGUGGAACAACAGAUGCAGCAUCUUCAACAACAGCAGCAUGCACAGCAGCAAGCACAACAGGCUCAGCAGCAGCAAGCACAAGCACAACAGAAGCAGCAGAAACAACAAAUGGUGCAGCCAAGCCAACAGUCUAAAGCAGUUCAACAAGUGGGCCAACAAAGUGGGCAAGGGCAAACUCAAGUGCCACCGCCGUCAUCUCAGCAACCGAGCUCCCAGGUACAGCCGAGCAAGCAACCACAACAGCAACAACAACAGCAGCAACAAGUGGCAUCAUCUCAGCAGCAGCAACAGCAGCAGCAGAAGACACAGCAGUCGAGUACAGUUGUCCACCCUCCAUCCCAGUCACAUACUGCACCCACCCAAACCCCUCUCUUACCCCUUCCUCACAGAUCUUCAGAUGUCUAUCAUCAAACUGAAGAACUCUUUGAUCACAGACCUUCCUCUUCACAAGAUAUUCCAACACAGGAAUACUCAGCCAGCCAAAGGGAAUUUACUGGAGACAGCCACAAGGCUUUUAGUCAAAGAGAUUCUACAGCUGAUCAGACUGACAGAACCUACCGAGGAGACUUCAACGAACUCUGUUCUGAAUCGAAAGAACCCAUUGACACAUCUGAUUUCUUUGAAGAGCAGCAUCGUAGCAGAAGUUCAUAUGAGCGUGAGGUACAUCAUCGUGAUGGGCGUGGCACAAGAGAAGCGGACACUGCACGGGAGUUUGAUAACCAACGUGAUGGCUCUCGAGAGAAGAAUGAUAAAGAUCCUUGUUCUCGGUCUCCCACACGUGAACGUGACUGGGACCAGUUUAAGGAGAGAGACCAAAGCAGGGACUUAAGUGAUCGAGAAACUCGUGACCGAACAAAGUCUCCUCGUUGUCGUUCUCGUUCACCAACAAGAUCACGGUCUCCACCUGCAGAGUCUCCAAGACAGGAUAGAAUUGAAGAUCCUGAUUCUGAAACCUUACCUAUGAACCAAGAUGACCUGUAUUGCCUCACACCUGUCCACUCUCCAAAUGUGAUAUUUCUUUCAGAUGCUGAGAAUCAGGAUGCUGAUGAUGGUUAUGAAGACAUCAGUUCUGAUGAUGACGAUGAUGGACUUAUAUGUGGUGAUGACAGUGAUAUGCAGAAUGUUGAAUUCUUUGAUGUCGCUGAUGAUUCCUGGAAUUUUGCCACAUCAAGUUUCAACCCUUUUCAGUGUUAUCUUGCUCCGCUUGCUCAUUUCUUGGAUCCAUCCCUAACUCCAUUUGAAGUUGAAAAAGCCCAGUGGCAGCAAUCGGAGUCCGGAGCCAACGCUGAGAUGUGCCAAGAAGCGAAGACAUUGCUUGAAUAUAUAGAGACGUUUGCUAAUGCUGAACACCAAAGAAAAUGGAUAGAAGCUGUUGAAAUAAUACCUUCCCUUCUGGAUAAAGGCCUUAGCUAUCUUCUCUAUAAAGAAAAUCGAGAAGAUGUUCUGACAACGUUAUUGGAUUGGUGUAUCGAAGGGUUGGAUUUAAAGAAAGCUAUUACUCAACAAGAAACAGCUUUCAAAGUACGGUAUCUGAAGAUGGGAAUCCGUCUUGCUAGCAGUCUCUGUUGCUGUGAUUCGUUUGUUGCAUCAAAAGCAGUUGAACGGAAUAUCCAACAUUACUUACUUGAUUUGUAUAUUUCCCCCAAUAUGUCUAUGUCUCUGAAAUUACAAAUUUUGCGUACCCUGGACCAAACAACUCGUCUCCAAGAAGGCUUGCUGUGGUUCACUGCCAGUCAUCCAUCAAAACAGAAACGGCAGAGGCUGCGACGCAGGCUGGUCAGUGCAAAACAAAACGAAGAGAACGAAGACACAACUGAAAAGAAAAUGUAUGACAUUGAUGAAUAUCUCCAAGACAUUGAUGAACAGGAGAGAGACAAGUUAGAUGGCAUGAGUGAAGGAUGGAGUUGUUACCAGAGAUUGCUCGACAUAAUGAUGACAAAGCAGAUUGUCCGAGUUGCAGUUGCUGGAACGGCUUUAUUACGUAAAAUCCAUACAUUCGAGGUUCUUCAAAACUUCUACCUGAUAGUUGAGCAGUUGAUUGAGAAUAUGCCUUGCUUUGAGGAAGGUGACUUGAAGAGCGGCCAAGAGGAUGUUGUCAAUGGUGGUGGAGGAGGAAGUAAUAAUAAUAAUGGAAGCGGUGGAGCAGGAGGGACUGAAGACAGUGAUGUUGAUCCUGUUGCGUCAGGUGUUGCAAGCAUCAGUGAUGUCAAUGCAGACCUCUUGAUCACUUAUUUAGAAGAAAUAACCAAAGUUAUGACACAAGCACCGUUCUUGAUAGCUCAGCCACGCCGAUCCUUACCUGGCAAAGUGAUAUUCGAACUACGUCAACAGCCCCUUGAUAUUUAUCCAAAUCUUUUUGCCAUUUGUUACUCUUGCCAACUGUUAGAAUGUUUGUUUGUUCUGCUGUCAUCUCCAGCUACCAUAAACAACUUUGGCUUGUUUGUAGCGAUUAGAGAUUUUUUACAGCAACUUCUGGAGACCCAGAAAGGACUUCUCUUUCUUAGUGCCAAACCAGAUGCAACAAAUGGAAUUCUCCGAGCUCUUGUUCAAAUGGGUGAUUAUAACCGUGAAGAAAAUAGUGAAGAAAACCCUGCCCAGCUGCUAGGGUUACAGCUGACCUAUCAUCUUCAGACAUUGCAGUAUGUUGACCAACUGGCUGACUAUCACAAGAAAAAUUCUUCAGAAAAGGACAUCGAUGAAGCUGAACCCCUUGGCGUAUUACACAGCAUGUACUCUAUGACAAUUAACCCCCUGGGAAGAGAGGCUGUCGUCCAUGUCCUUGGUUUGGAUGAAAACCUUGGAGUUCUUCUACCAUUUGUAGAAUCAGUGGGUGAUGAGGUGAAAGAUGCCCGUGUGAAGAAGUCAGUGUGUGCUGGCUAUGUUUCUGAGUUAUUGCUUCUAGUCAUUCGCCAAUCAGACAACAUGGAAAUGCUGCAACACUUUGCUCCACAACUGCUUACAAUGAGUGAAGAUGGCAAAUACAUUGUCACCCCCUCCGCAUCAGAUCAAAUGGCUACAAAAAUGCAAGAAAUACAAGAAUGGUUGUGCCCAAUUAAAAAAAUUACAGCCUUCUCUCAUGAGGUUCUGCAGUCUUUAAUCUUACAGUUGAAAAUGUAUGCUGAUGACGUGUUGAAGUUACCACGAGGGUUAAUUACAAUCCUGAGAGUGCUCAACUUCUUGGCAGUUCCACCUAAAACUAAAUAUGCUGAAGAACGGCCAGUAGAACUGAAGUACAGUUAUAUCAUUAUUGAACUUCUCAGUGCCGACUGCUUCCGUCUUUUUGUCGUCUUCUUACAGAGACUUGCAGAUCGGAUGCAGCGGCCAUGGCAACAAGGAAUCCCACAAAGCAGCAGCCAGUUAUCAAUUGUUUUGUCUAUUGUGAAACCCGCACUAAGCAUUAUCAAUACAACAUUAUCAUUUCUGAUCAUGUCAAGGGGGUCAGAGUUUCGAGAUCUGACAGCUCUUCCUGUUUUGUUUGAACUUCACACUGUAAUUUGUUCUGUCCCCAGUGCUGCUCCUUACUUAAAUGACAUCCAACAGAUCCAGAAAACUAUCAUAGACACAGCCCUGUGUUACACACAACCAACACUUUCAGAGAAUGAAGAAGGUCUUAGCCAGAGCCUGUGGACAUUGAUGAUCAAAGAAUUACUGAAACACUCAAUGACUUCACCCUAUCGGUACCUCAGUGGUUUGCUGCUUCUCUCUGAACUCUUACCGUUGCCUUUACCAAUACAAACAAAAGAGACAUUAUCUGAUGAAGAACUGUCUUUAGUUGUUAAUAAUCGGAAGCUGUGGAGUGCUCACCUUCAUCCUGUUACACCACACAUACACGAAGUAAUCCAGUCUUUGUCAGUCUCCAGUUGUAUUCCACUUCAGCAAGCUUUACGUCGAGUCUGCUGGCAAAUUGCAGAUUUAGCUGCUCCAUCUGCUUGUAUAAUAACAAAAUGUGUCUACGAGAUGUUGAUUGAUAAUUUGACAGCAUCUGGCAACAAGGAAAAAAGUGAUGAGAAAAAAGAUGGCGAGAAAGAAACACCAGAAGAAGAAGAAGACAAAAACAAUUGUUUACAAGUCAUCAAGAUUUUGAGUCUCUUGGCCUAUUUGUUAUCUCAUCCUUCUGUCAAAGCAGCCAUCCUUUGCCAGCUUCGGUCAAGUUCAAAGUUGGAAGACAAAAAUCAGGAUCUGCUCACCCUGCUUAUACAACUUCUGAAUUCUUCAACCACAGAGAAAUCAUCUCUACGGGUUCAGGAACAAGAACAAAUAUUGACCAUUCUUCAAAACUUGUGUGACCCAGAAAUAACUCUUGUUUCUCCAGAUUCAGCUCUGUCUUUCCAAGAACAGCUGUCAAAUGCUCUUCCGGUUGGUGGUCAGUUGUCUCAAAUUGCGUCUGGACUUCUGGAACAUCUUAGCAAUGCAGAAAACAGUUGCAGUACACAUGUGUCCUGUUUACGGACACUCGGACUGUUGUGUGAACACGACUGGGGUUUCUAUCAUAUAAAAAGCUGUUUGGAGAAACAAGACCAUGUAUUCUACAAACUCCUCACACAUUUACACAGCACAUACAAUAAAGACAGUGCUGACUUCCUCCAGUUCCUGUCUGCAGCUAUUGAAUUCUUGCGUCUUCUCUUAGCUGAAAACUCUGAGGAAGAGAGUGAAUUUGUUCGUACCUACAUACUCACAGUUCCCGAGUUGCGUAAGUUCAUCAACUGGACAAUACGAGAUGAAUGCCAUCCACUCUAUGAACUGGAGAAACUUUUGGAGGAGUGUGCAAAAGAAGAAGAAACUUUGGAUACAUUAGUGGAGAGUUUUUCUGCUUUGAUACAGUUAAUAGAAGACAACAAGGCAGAGGCUUCUGAACCGAAAGAAUUUGUGGAACCUGUGAUGCCAGAGGGUGAAACUCUGAAUUCCUUAUUUAACCAUAGAGCACUAUUUGUUCUUACUGAUUCCGAAGACGAACGUCUCAACACUGCUUACUGGAUGUCCCCCGCAAAUUCCGAUGAUAUAGAUAUAGAGUUGGAUUUGGUACGUUUUAACCUUCAAGAGUUGGUGGCCAAAUACUGCCCUGAAUUUAACUUGGAAGAAGAAUUAAAGAAAGCAACUGACACAACGCCAUAUGAAGGACCACCAAAACCCAAACGAGACAGACUGGGUCGUCGUAAGUCCUCAGAAGGUGUUCAUUUUCCUCGAGGUAAAGGAACUAAACAGAAAUUUGGGGCAUCCAUCAGAGGUCGAGGUGCUUCAAGGGGUAUGGCUUCAAAUCGUUCAGACCCUUUCCGCUCUCGGCCCCCAAAUACAAGCCGACCACCUUCCAUGCAUGUUGAUGACUUCAACAAAUUACAGAAGACAAACCAACAGUUGAUGGGGCCAACAGGAUUGAACAGAAGACCAGAUAAAGCUUUCUUUUUGCAGGAAAUUGGCCGAGGCCGAGGCCGGGGUUUUGAUCGUAACCAAGGCUUUAGUCGAGGGCGAUUCUUUACUCCUCCAGGCAACUACCGAAGAAAUCCUGGACAAUUUGGUCACAACACCAACAAAGCCACACUGCCCUAUUACCCUCAGAACACUCGUGGCGGUGGCAGUGGUGGUGCCGGAAUAGGUGGCGGCAGAGGUGACGGUGGUGGCGGCAGAGGUGACGGUGGUGGCGGCAGAGGUGAUGGUGGUGGCGGCAGAGGUGAUGGUGGUGGUGGUGGAGGUGGCAACAGUGGCGGUGGUAUGAAUAUCUACACCAACAGAACUAAUGUCAGUUUCAACAGUCCACGCCAGUUUAUCAGAGGAGGUCUUGACAAACGUACAACUGUUGAUCGCCGUGCCGGACGAGAUAAUCGCUUUUCUCUCCGAGGUGGUGGUCGUGGAGGAAAUAAUCUAGCCAGUGGCAGUCUAGGGGCAGCAUUGCUGAGUGCAGCAGUUAGUGGUGGUGCAGCUGGAUUAACUGGUCCCGGUGGUGGUGGUGGUGUUGGUAACAAUGCUGCUGCAGCUGCAGCAGGCAGCAGCAAUCACUGGUUUGCAUCGAAAGCUAAAGAGUUAGACAUGAGAUUCCAACCAACUUUUAGAGGAAGAAGAGAAAUCAGCAGACAUUUCCGUUCUUUCACAAAGUAAUUCCUUCUCAUAAAAGAUAAAAAAUAAUAAAUUAACAUAAAGACAGUUGAAAAUUUUAUUCAGAACCCCGCAAGAAAAGCUGCAGGAAAAAUCCAUUCUUUGUAAAUAAUCAUAAAUUUCAUUCUUGAUCUUUUAAGUAAAAUUCAUCAAUUUCACAAA